AUGUCCGAACCGCGCACUUUCAAACCGGAACCCAUCACCCUCAUCCUGCCAGUGCCAGGGAAGUGUGAGGUUUGCGAGGCGCAAGCUGAGGAGCUGCUUCUCCGGUGCUCGACGUGUAAAGACAGAUUCUAUUGCUCGCCAGCCUGCCAGAAGGGAGUCUGGAAGGAUGAGCACAAGCUGUGCUGCUCGCUUCUUCCCGUGCCGCUGUCACCUGCCUCAAUCUUGCCCAGCGCAGCGCUAAGCGCGGAGGUCAGGCGAGCGGGUACAGCGUUGACGGAUAUCCUAGAAGAGUGGCAGCAAAUCGACGAGACAGUCGAACCAGAGCUGAAGAACCCCACAAGACGCGUCAUGCAUCUGCACAACCUCCCCGCUGAAUUCUUCUGGUCGGAUACCUGGGAGUAUCGCCUCAUGAAAGACGGAACGCCCCUCCCGGAGCUCACCCUGUACGCCUUCCGACGCCUCUUCUGGCUUGACACAGUCUCUCGCAUCCAGACGGCGUCGCAGUACGACGAGCUGCUGUCCAUACUUCGCACCACGGAGAGGUCGAAGCACCUCAUGCGCGUCAUCCCGGAGAAGGCGCUCGCACGGCCGGAUGAGUUGAGCCCGGGGGGGUUCGUCACGCGUCGCGAUCGUCUGCGUGUGUCACGCGUGACUGGACGCGUUGUUGCCGCGACGCGACCUGUUUGGUUCCGCCAUCACAGCAGCGCGUGCAGGUUCGAGAUGCCGACCGCGUAUGAGAAGCAGAAGGCUGCGAACAUCGAGAGGAACAAAGCCCUCCUCGCCUCUCUUGGAGUAGAGGAUGCGACAACCCUAGUCUUCAAGGACAAACCUAAGCCUGCUCCCAAGCCUAAACCCAAGAAGGCUGCGCCAAAGAAGCGCAAGGAGCCCCCUGCUCGCGAGGAGAAUGAAGAGCCUGACACCAUGGGGCGAUCUCGAACUCCCUUUGUCUUGGACGUCGGCCUGGUGGGCGCCGCUCUCAUUACAGGCGGCGCGAUAUCGCCAGGAAACCAGAGCCCGACCGUGUAUCUUUCGGAUCUCCGCAACCCUCUAUUUCUAACGAAGAUAUACCUGCUCUUCAUCUUUACUGGGGUCGCGGACCUGCUUUUUGACAACACCAACAUCUAUGACGUGGCAUACAGCCCACGAGUCAUCGUCUCGGCGAUCCUCAAUAUAUGCCUUAACAUGUACUGCACGAGUGAGGAUGCUGAUCAGUCUGGUCGUCUGCCGUUGAAGUUGAUGUCCGUACCAAGCCCUUAUCUCGUGGAGGAUCUGGAAAGCGGGACGCAAAGCUUUGUCAUCUUCAUCGAGAGUGCCGGUUUUUACCUGUCCGUCCCGCAGAGCUUUCUCUCCGUUGACGCUGCCAGACUAACUCCACUCAGGCUCUUCUCCGUUGCGGUCGUCGUCGUGUACUUGGCGGGAAGCCCGGUCAUCUUCCUCUUGGUUGACCUCGCUACCGUUAUCGCUGGCCUGGCGUAUAUGUUCAUCAACGUCCGCGUAGCCCUUGGCGUCGCGCACGAGGGCAUCCCCACCGAACCUAGCGGACUGAACUUCGCCACCGGUCCCCUGACCCAGCAGUCAACCGUUCUGGAUCUGGAGUUGAGGGACACCGCAACUGGUACGCUCUUCUGCUUCAUGAACCAUCGUCAAUACGAGGCUCGAAGGGGUCACUCACACAAACGAGAGAGAACAUUCUAA